GUCGUUUUUUAGAAACUUCUUUUUCUGGCUGUUUUGCUUACGUGCAAAUGGCGGCACACAACCCCGUAAUACUUUUCGAUUUUGUAACAGUCCUGCGUUCCCGGCUUCCCGCGCCUAUAAAAAGCGGCCAGGCCUUUUCGUACUCCUACGCUUCAAGAAGCGAUCGAACGUGACGGCUGCAAAGCAGAGCAGGGACGGCACGGUAUUCUUCUUGCGAUUUUUUUCUUCCCCCCUUCCUCCGCCAUGGAUCCGCGGCGCGCCUGCUGGGAGAGCUCGUCGGAGGACGUCACGCGGCCGCUGCUGCCCGUGCACGAGGACCGGCUCGCGGGGCGGUCCUGCUGCUCCGUGCUCGCGAACAGGUACCUGGCCGUCGCGUCGGGGCCGGCGGCGUGCGCGCUCAUCUGCGCCCUGGGGGACCUCGGCGGCCACCCCGCGGCGCGCAACAUGCUCGGCGUCCUGGCCUGGGUGUUCCUGUGGUGGAUCACGGACGCCGUGCCGCUCGCCGUCGCGUCCAUGGCGCCGCUGUUCCUCUUCCCGGCGUUCGGCAUCUCCUCCUCCGACGCCGUCGCCAAGGCCUACAUGGACGACGUCAUCUCCCUCGUCCUAGGCAGCUUCAUCCUCGCGCUCGCCAUCGAGCACUACAGCAUCCACCGCCGCCUCGCCCUAAACAUCACGUCGCUGUUCUGCGGCGACCCGGUGAAGCCGCACCUGCUGCUGCUCGGCAUCUGCGGCACGACCGUGUUCAUCAGCAUGUGGAUCCACAACACGCCGUGCACCGUGAUGAUGAUCCAGGUGGCGACGGGGAUCCUGCAGCGGUUCCCGCGCGACCAGCUGGAGGGCGGCGCCGACGCCCGGGAGCUCCAGCGCUUCUCCAAGGCGCUGGUGCUCGGCAUCACGUACGCGUCCACCAUCGGCGGGAUGGCGACGCUGACGGGCACGGGCGCCAACAUCAUUCUGGUGGGGAUGUGGUCCACCUACUUCCCGGAGCAGCGCCCCAUCACCUUCAGCUCAUGGAUGUCCUUCGGGCUCCCCAUGGCGCUCAUCCUGUUCGUGGCGCUCUGGGCCACGCUCUGCCUCAUGUACUGCACCAAGAACACGGGGAGGGUGCUAUCCGCUUACCUCGACAGGAGCCACCUCAGGAGGGAGCUCAGCUUGAUGGGUCCGAUGGCAUUUGCAGAGAAGAUGGUUUUGGCCGUCUUUGGGGCUCUCAUUGUCCUAUGGAUGACCAGGAGCCUGACGGACGACAUCCCAGGGUGGGCGGUCCUCUUCGACGGCAAAGUUGGGGAUGGGACAGUCACGAUCCUGAUGACGACGCUGCUGUUCAUCAUCCCGAGCGGCAAGAGCGACGGCGAGAAGCUCAUGGACUGGGGCAAGUGCCGGAAGCUGCAGUGGCACAUCAUCCUGCUCCUCGGCGCGGGUUUCGCCAUCGCCGACGGGUUCAAGUCGAGCGGCCUGACCGACAUCCUCUCCUCGGGACUGGGCUUCCUGAAGGGCGCGCCGGCACUGGCCAUCGCGCCUGCGGUCUGCCUCUUCAGCGGCCUCAUCACCGAGUUCACCUCCGACGACGCGACCGCCACGCUGGUGCUGCCGCUGCUGGCCGAGCUGGGCAAGUCCAUCGGCGUGCACCCGCUGCUGCUCAUGGUCCCCGGCACCGUCGGCUCGCAGCUGUCGUACCUGCUGCCCACCGCGACGCCGGGGAACGUCGUCGGGUUCGGCACCGGGUACAUCACCAUCAAGGACAUGGUGCUCACCGGAAUCCCGAUGAAACUCGCCGGCAUCGCAGCUCUCACGAUACUGCUGCCAACGUUAGGUUCUCUGGUUUUUGGCAUGGAUUCAGGAGCUGUAGCCUUGUAGGAACGUGAACAGCAUACAGUUGUCACAGCUAGGCCUAUUUUGGAACGCAGGUCUUUUCUCCAAAUCCUGCGGGAGUCGGUCUGAUUCCUACAAAAUUCCUGCAAAAUUCAAUUCAUGUGUUCAUUUUGGAACAUUUCAGUCCGGAGGCCAUAGGUUGUCUACUUGUCCAUAGUCUGUACAAGUAGGACGUUCGGUCUGUACAGUAUGCCAGUGCCGGUGCCUCAUGAAGAGUAUGGGGAUGUAUUCUUUGCUUCAGCUCCGACUUAGAAAGUUAGAGGAGACAUGUGUACGCAUAUGGUUUCAUAUGUGCAGAUGACAUUUUUAGCUUAUCUCUUCUGUAAUUUGAAGCUGCUACAACCUUUGAUCUUUCUACCGGUUGCUCCCUCUAUAAUAUUAGCAAGACGGGGCGCAGCCUGCAGGACAAUCCAAGCCUUGCCUUUUUCAAUUGGAACUUUUCCGUCAUUCCGUGUCAGCUUGCCCGUUCCAGAAAUGGCAUGAAGAUUAUCCUGAAUAACAGUCAGCAGUAGAGUAA